ACGAGCUCGAGCACAGUAUAACUACUCCUUGACACCACUCUCGCUCCAUGUGCAAUACACUACUGUCAUGAUAACGAUUGAAGAGGGCUCCUGCUCCCGCCCCCCGCCUUGCAGCGAGGCGGAACCGCGCAUAUCAAUUGACUAUCUUCCCACCGAGCUCCUCCAGCUGAUCGUUGGCUUCCUUCCCGCCGCCGACCUCAAAUCCGCCGCCCUCGUCUCGAGAUGCUUCUACCGCCAUGCCAGCGACUUUCUCUGGCAGACCGUGUGUCUGGCUGAUACAUGGAAACUCCACCUAAACGACGAGACAAGUCAACUUUGGGGUGACCGAGGUCAAGGAGAGCCGGAUGAGCACGAUGACACCCCAAUCAUACAGAAACUUUAUAUUUUGGCGACGAACCCAGACAUUGCUUCCAAAGUCCAAAUCCUCACACAUCGGUGCCAUCUGCCAACACCGAACAUAUUCACGGAGCUGCCGCGCAUGUACUUCCAUGCGGAAACCCUCUCGCAGGACUCCCGCCUGCAGGCGCUACUUGCACUUGCAAUACGGAAUCUCGUCAAUGUACACACGCUGAGGAUAAUCUAUGGGCACUGGAACCUUACGCGCGCGCUCCUCGGAGGCUUCUUGGAUCCCGCUCGACCCUGCCGUAUACCGCUCCGAAAAUUAUGGCUGGAGAGCUGUUCUAUGCUAGGAAUAGGCAUGGGCUUGCUCUCCGCGCAAUAUGCUACCGGUUUGGAGUCUAUACGCAUUCGUCGCCUGCGGGCCGAGUCACUAAGUCACAUCGAAAGAAGCCAGAUGCACUUUCUGGAGUACAGGCUGUCUCGCGGUGGACACCCGUGGCAGCUGCAUAACGCCGCGGGCGGCUGGCUCUGGUCGACAGUCGAAUUCUCCAAGGAGAAUUUCCCGGACCGUUGGCCCCAGAUUAGACCUGAGCAGCUCAAGGCGAAGGCUGACGAGUUUGAUGCACACAUAUGGGAAGACCUCGCAGACGUUCAGCAAUUCGUAGAUGCGAAUAAGAUUGGCGGCGUCAUCCCACAGUUCUCACCGGGCGACCCACUGAUGUGGUUGCUAGCGAAGUCCUCGUCGACGCUGACCAGUCUCAACCUCGACUGGAUACUCUGGCGCCAGGGAGAGAAAGACGAUGAUUUUUAUGCAUUCAACAUCAUGCAGGAAUUAGCGCAGCUGAGAUUCCCAAACCUGCGUGCAUUCCAGAUGCGCAAUGCAGUCGUACCUCAAACCAAGCUACCGGACGACGUGUUUCUACUUGAAGACACAUUCCUGGAUUUCCUGGAAGCUCAUACUAAGAUACAAUGCCUUUCGUGGCCGCUCGAUAGGUUCUAUUCGCAUACAAAGCCAUCCCCGGAAUUGCAGAGUCGAACACGGCGACUGGUCGCUCAUCUCGGCAAUGUUCUAGUUGAUCUUAGGCUUGAUAGCUACUAUUCUGGCAACGGCGAGACCUUCACGGACGAAAGCCGAGAAAUCCACGAGCAGCAAGAGCGGGUCCGUCGGCGUCGGUUCAUCAGCGAAUUCGCGCCUUGGAUGAGCAAAGUGGAACAAGUGAAACUUGAAGGUGGAAUACCCAGGGACGAGAAGAAGGAAAUCUUACGUGCACUGCACUCUGCGCCCUUGAAGAAAAUUGUUUUGAUAGGCGUCACCUUCCCCAUUGGAAAUACCUGGGGACCGCGCGGCGACGAGCUGAAGGCGCUGGAUCCAGGUCAGGGAUCCGACGCUACAUACAACCUUGAGGAGGAGGACCUCGAUGCGAUUCUUCAUUCGUACAAGCACACCACACCGCUGCCCUCCAACUUCAAGUUCGAAGCAUACUACGGAUGGCGGGCAGAAGCACCAUUCCUACAGACGAUUGCGCUUCACCAUGCUUCGACGGUGGAGGAGCUCAAGCUAUGUGGUUACAAUGGAAGCCCAGUGCUCUCCUUUGCAACUCCGAUAACAAACCCUCUCCUCUAUCCUCUUCGGCAUUUCGACAAUCUGCGCCAGUUGGUCAUUUCUCUCUGGCUGCUGACGUACUUUGAAGAAAGUUACCGCGAUCUCGAGAUCAUUCAAUCUUGGAUGGACACACGCUCACCCUCUUCCACUGCCCUUGUCGUCGUCACGCCGCCAGCUUCGCCAAGUCCGACCCCAACCGCCGUUGACCCUACGACCAUGCCCGACUUCGCGAACCCGGCUGCGCGCCCCCAAGAGUUCAAUCGCUGGGCGGUGGCCCUCAAAACUCGCUUUACACCGAGCGCCCUUGCCUAUCGCGUGGCGCAGGAUAUUGGCCCACAUUUGAGCCCUAUAGCGAAAGAUCGACACGGUGGCGUCAGGGUCAGAGCAAGCUUCUGCUUGGGCGCCAGAGAAGGCAGAAGGACUGCGAACGACAUUUUCGAUUUGGACAUAAGGAUUGGAAGGAAUGACCAGGUGCUUGAGUUUGUUGGCCCGAGGGAAGAAGGCGAGAAGGGGAGGUUCUGGCAGAAGCUUGAAGGAAGGAGGUGGUUCUAGGCUUAGCGUUGGUUAUAUUUUUGCAUACUCCUGCUUUCGGUGUUUGGGAUGAGAGGGAUUCGGAUAUACCCUCUUUCUGACGGAUCGGGGAGGAAAUUUCUAUUGCUUUUGUAUGCUUUUUAGGGAGGCCGAUGGCGGUUCGGGCUGCCUACGUCUGGUCAGCCGUUUUGAAUGCAUAGGUCGGAUUGGGUAAUGCGUAUGCCUGCUUUGCCCUGGCUACUAUUUCUAGAGUACGAAGGAUUAAUCAGGAACAGGGUUAGGUACCGAAAGAAUUAAUGCACUGUUCUAAUGUCUGCGGG